GUUAGACACGAACACUGCACGUGAAGAGGACAAAUUAAAAGAACAAGAAUUGAUCGACUUCGCAAAUCAAUUUGAAGAGGUAAUCAAUUCUCUGAAACUUUCAACAAUCUAUUGACAAAAUAUUUGUCCAGGUGUCUAAACCAAAAUCUCAAUUUGCACGAUAUAGUAUAUAGUAUAAGAUAUGGAAAGGGAAUAUCUGAUCCUCUUUACAGCUGUUCGCAAAACGUUUUUGAUCAUCAAAGUUCUUUCCUGUCCCCGAUCUACCAAUAUACUAAACAGUGGUUUACUUCAAGGGCAGUAUCUCCAAUAUUCAAUAUUUUUUUACGAAUAACAAUAUACAAGUCAGUUAUUUAUAGUUUCUGCAUUAACAUCCAAGUGUGGAUGCCGCGCUCAUGACGUGAGGCACGUGAUAAUGCCCUUCUACCGUAUACUGCACUUUUCCACAUCUACAAAAAUAGAAAUGCAUGCGGGAAAUACAUUUAAUACAACAUAAUAAUAUAAGAUAUAACAUAAGAUAAUAAUAAGAUAAGAUAGAUAUGGAUAAAUAAUAUAAGAUAAUGCCGUACUUUUGUUUAAUCAUUUUGCUAGUAAGCGGAUUGUCACUUACACUUCUCGUUCUUCUAUUUCAAAUGUUAUUGAAAAAAAAAUUUUGAAUCUAUUUAGUUCUGAGAGCUGUUCUUCAAGAAAAGAAAAAGACUAAUUUAAUUUAUUAGAAAACGAGGCGAAAACAUGAUUAAGUUGUUAUCUCUAACCGUCGUGUAAAGUGUGUGUCGACGGCAAGCUCCGUGAAGCGACUCACUGACAACCAGAAAUUACACCAAACACGACAAUAUCUCUAAAAGAGCGAGAUAAAAUCAAACUUUAUGCAGCUGCAAAUGGCAGUAAAAUUUUCGGGAGAUUUUCCGGGUCACGUGGGCCAUCAGCAAGGCCUUGAUUGGCUGUCUGAGAUAGCAAUUGAGAUUUACAAAAAAAGGACCACGUGAUAAACUGAAACAACACUUAAAUAUAUCUCAGAGAAGCCAAUAACAAAAUUGUCAGCCUAUAUACGAUAUUUUUUACCCUCCGCAACUACGAUUCGACCAACAAAAAUAAAGUACAAUAUUUCUUUAACUAACUCAUUUCAUAACUUCUCUUUACGUCCUUGAUUUUCUAAAUGAAAUCUUAUAAAAUAAAAUCGUAUAAAAUAUCAAGAAAUAUCGAGAUUAAAAGUCGAAUGUUGUUUUAAGUUUAAUCACCUAAAAGAUUAACUAUCACGGAGCGACAUUUUAGCUCAAUUUUGUAGUUUUGAUGUGUGGGCGUGGUCGCAUCAUUCCUCGCCUCUCAAUUUGACAACUUAAACCCAAUCAUUUAGCUUCGGUAACUAAAUACACCGAAGUUCGUCAUAGGAUUCAAGCACGUAAGGUUCAAGAAGACUUUCAUAAAUGAAAUUGGAGAUAAGUGGAAAGCUUAUUAUAAAUGUCUUGUCUGUCGACGAGAAUCCAAACAUAAAAAGGCAAAUUACGUGAAGAGAAUUUAAGCAGAAAGAGCCUUCAUUCAAGGAACAAAUUCCCUUAACAGCUCCGGCGCUGGACAAUUAUGCACUGACACAGUCAACGCGAUGUUGAUUGAAACCCUGAUAGCAUGGACAGCGGUUUAUGUGCUGGUUGCGAUGUUGGUGAUCUUCUUCAAUGGCCUCGUUCUCGUGUCGUUCUUCAAGAACAAGACUUUGCGCACGCGCACUAAUUACUUCAUCGCGAGUCUGGCAUGGGCUGACUUCCUGGUUGGUGCUAUAUCAAUUCCAGGAUGGUUAGCUCUGGUACUCACUACAUAUUAUGGCUGGGAAUACAAUCUACUCAUGCUGGAUGUUUGGACUUCGUUUGACAUGUUAGCAGGUAUAGGGUCUAUCUACCAUCUCAUGGCAUUGAGCUGGGAUCGCCUAUGUGCUAUUGUAUGGCCUCUUAAGCACCGUUUGUAUACUCGACGUAAAUACAUCUACAUAUUGUGCCUGGUCUGGGGCUGCGCGCUGCUCGUAUCUGGCUUCUCUACCAUAGGAAACAAAGCUGAUGCUAAACUGUACAACAUAUUGGUUAUCGGGGUGUGUUUUUUCCUUCCCUUGCUGGUGGUACUUGUCACGCAAGGGACUAUAUUCGUCAAAAUAAGGCACACUGAGAGGCAACACAUUGAUCAGCAGAAUUCAUCCCAUAGUCGUAGCUUGAAGAGAGAAGUGCGCGCGGCAAAGGCCAUCUCCAUAAUGGUGUUCUUAUUUGUGAUCGGUUGGCUUCCGUUCUUUACCAUCUCGCUCUUAUCCUUCGCUGCUGGCGUGACAUACACAGCUAACGCCAUUUUCGCCGUCAAGCUAUUACAGUACUCGAACUCGUUUUUCAAUCCGAUCUUGUACGCGCAAAAGUUCCCGGAGUUUCGCAGAGCAUACGUACGAAUGUUGUGUAGAUGUAACCACAAGGACGCAGAGAGGCGUUUGACCUAUCACGCAGGGAGUGGCACAUACAAGAGUAUUAUCUCCCAUUCCCCCAAACCCUCGCAACGCGCGAGGCCUACGCGCGUGGACUAUAACGGCUCGGUGUCUGUAGUCUCGUCCACGAGUACGGAGCGCUUGCGAGAUAAGUCGUCACGUGCUUCGUCAACGCGCACGUCAAGUGACAGAAGAUGCGAUGACAGACCAACAAGAUACCACUCAGACACGCCAUCUUUAAGCACGAGUCAAAAUAAGCGAGAUCCGGCAUCUUAACUACAGUAGUCUUGCACAGAUACUAGCCAUUCAGGCUCAGUCUACUAUAAUAACUAA